AUGAUUAUAUCGGAACUCGUCGAAAAUCUGUCGGAAAAUGCGAUUAUUUCGAGCCUGGGUGCUGAAAAUCUAGUGGUCUAUGAUCGAAAUCAGCUAAAAUUGUAUUGUGGUUGGAGAAAGUUUGGAGCAAGUGUGGAAUAUACGAGUGAAGUGGUGAGAGAGGCUGAAAAUUCGAUUUUCAGUCAAAAUUUCAGCAAGGGAAGUGUGUAUGAGUCCCAGACACAUGUUUCUGUACAAUUUUUCACGCUGAGAAAGAUCCUGUUUUCAAUUUUUGCUAAGCGACUCUCUAAAGAGCCCAAAAAUGAGCCAAAAGUAGAGAAUUUUUGAAAUUUCAUGGUUUAAGAGAUGAUUUUUAUGAAAAACUAAAUGCAUCACGUUGUUCUAAGCAAAAAUUUGUGACUUUGGUUCAGUUUUUUAUCAAAAUCAUCUCUAACAUGAGUUAUGGGCUCUUAAAACCACGAAAUUUCAAAAAAUCUCGAUUUUUGGCUCAUUUUAGGGGUCUUUAGAGAAUUGCUUCGCAAAAAUUGAGAACGGAAUCUUUCUCAGCGUGAACAACUGUACAGAAACAUUUGUGCCUCAUUGAAAAUCUCCGGGGACUCAUAACACACUUUCCUUGUCAGAUUUUUAUCGAAUUUUCAUUGAAAAAUUAAUGAAAAGCUUAAAAAUGAGCUGAAAUUUUGCAGAUUCUCCAACUCUCCAAUCCAAUUUCAUCGCGAAUUCAAAUCACCAAUUUAACCGUCUCAAAACGUGGUGAAUUUGUGAUCUUAUGGUCGAAAAAUCAUGCGACAGUAGUUCGAAUCAACCCGGAGAUUCUCACCAAAAAAUCAAUGUAUCAAUCGGAAUAUUUGUGUGAGGCCAACGAGAUUGCGCUCAAAAAUCGUGCGGCGAAAAUUGAGAAGAUUCGCAUUUUACCGCAGAAAAUGAUGGGAAUGACGAUUUGCGGAGUGUUGUUUAGCGAUAAUUUUGUGCGAAUUUUGAAUUUGAAUCGGAAAAAUGUGGAAUCGCAUUUGUUGGACGUGGAUUUUAGACCCUUUUUGGCGCUGGAAAAUGAUGAGAAUUUAGAGAUUUCGCAAAAUACCAGUGUUUUUGGGUUAAGAAGACAUAUUGGUAAGGGAUUUCGGGUUUUUUUGGAGCCUAAAAAAUUAAAAUUUUCUUAUUUUCAGUUUCCUUCGAUUUUUUGCCAUAUCUCGAAUCAAAUAUCUCCUUUUCAAUUCUCGCAAUCGAUUCAGAAUCUGAUAUCUAUUCAGCUACAAUCUAUAAAACUUCGAUAACUGAAUCGGAACCCGUCGAAAUUCGUCAAUUAGAACGACCUGAUGAAUUGCCGUGCACACCGUUGGAUUUGAAAAAUAUCGAAAUUUCUGCCGAAAAUCAGCAGAUUGCGAGUGUUUUUGUGAUUUUGUUCGAUUCCGGGAUUUUGAGUCAUGUUUUAUUGAUUGCCAAUGAUGAAAAUGGAGCGAAUUUUGAGGUGUUUUUGGAGGAUCAAAUUGAAAUUCCGAUUGGAGCGCGAGGAGAUCCGGAAUUGGUUAAUUCGACUGAAAAUUCGUAUUAUUUGUGAGUUUUUCAGGGGCUGGCCUAGUAAAUGUUUUUUUUUUCUGGGUUUCUAGGCCACAUCGAGAAAUCGUCCCGAUUUUCUACGUUUCAAAAAAUUUAUGAUAAUUUUUUUUAAUUUUUUGAAAAUAAUUGGAUUUCUAAAUAGGCCACCCACAAGAAAAUCGUAUAAUUGGAUUCCUAGGCCACAUAAAAUUUGUGUAUUUGGAUUUCUAGGCCACAAAAAACUAUCAUAUAUUUGGAUUUCUAGGCCAUACAUAAAAAUGUUAUAUUUGGAUUUCUAGGCCAUACAUAAAAAUCAUAUGUUUGGAUUCCUAGACCAUACAUAAAAAUUUUAUAUUUGGAUUUCUAGGCCACUAAAAAUUGUAUAUUUGGAUUUCUAGGCCAUCAUUCAAUUUUCUCUUCCAGAAAUCGCUACGAAUUGGCCACGUCCACCAGUCUUUAUUCAAUCGAUAUCUCAAAAUGGUCUGAAAAUUUGCUGGAAGCCGGGCAAAAUCGAGGAGAGACGGAGGUUUUCGAGUUGGCCGAAAUUCUCGCUCAUGAAAAUUGCGCGAAUAUUGUGAAGUCAUGCUCAAUUUCUGUGUUCUGCGAAGAAGAACUCGAUUUUCAAGAGGAAAAUGAGGAAAUUUUGCAUUUUGUGGCUCAUUUUGGCGCUGGAGCGCGGUUUUUGACGGCGAUUUCGAAAUUUGGCGCAGAAAAUUUGGGGGAAAACAAGAGAGAUGCUGGAGCCAGGAAACACGUGUCAAAUUUGGUGGAUAAUGCGAAUUUUGAGAUUUUGAUGAAGGAAAAUGGAACGAUUCCGGCAAUUUGGUAGGUGAUUUUUUGGCGGGAAAAAUUUAUUUUGAAAAAGGAUCUUUCAGUUUAUCCGAAAAUCAAACAAUCGAAGAAGCCACAAAAAUCGCCAUGGAAUAUAUGAAAAAUGUGGAGAAGAAGCUGGAAAUUCAUCGAAAACUGGCUGAAAUCGCGCUGGAAAAAUUGAUGAAUCAAACGAAAUCGGCGAAAUUGUUGACGGAGAAAAACGAGAAAAUCGACGAGAAAUUGAUGGAUGAAACGGAAAAUGUGGAAGAAUUGAGGAAAAAAGCGUUUGAUUUGAAGGCGAGAAUUGAGAAUGUUCGGAAGUAUUUGAGCCAGGUGAGAGGUUUUGGCCGGGAAAUAUGAAUUUUUCGCGAAAUUUUGGGUCAGAAACUUGAGUUUCGAGGAAUUUAUUUCGAAAAUCAGCCAAAAACCCAUGAUUUUCUAUUUUUUCAUUAAAUUAGAUAUCAGAAAAUUUAUAAAAUUCUUCCUGAAAUUAAAAAAAAUUACAAUUUUUAAAAUUUCAGCCAAAAAAAUGUUUGGGUUGCCACGUGGCAAUCUCGCCAAAAAUUUGAAUGUUGAAUUUCAGUCCUUCUAAAUUGACUUCUGAAUUCCAGAAAAAAUCAAUUUUCGCCCAAAUUUCCAGCGCUUCCCCCUGAAAUCCCAAUUAAUCUGAAAUUCAGCUCACCUCUCGCUACGAGGAAAACUCUCCACUUUCCGACAUCGAACUUCAAAUGCAACAAAGAUUGUCACAACAUCAGCACACAUUAAGCGAAUUGUCGUUCAGAAUUCCAAAAGUGGGUGCUUUUUUUGGCUCCGAAAAAUUCAACACAAUUUUUGCAGCUCUCCUUGGAAAUGAACGAACAACGAAGAUUGGCACAAUUGGAAAUUCUUAAAGGCGCAUCACACAAAAAUCGCGAUAAAUUUGGGGAUAUUGAGAAGAAGUGAGUUGGUAAAUCUGAAACUUUGCUGAAAAUUCGAUUUUCAGCGAAAUCGAAAUUGAAAAAUUGACCGAGCGAAUCGAGAAACUUCAUUGUCAACUAAACGGUAACUAA